CCCCCUUUAUUCUAACCUCCCCUCUGUUCUGGCAGAGAUCGAACCGACCCUGUUCGUUUAAACCGAGAAGACACCCAUACAGACUCCUCAAUGCAAAAAAAUAAAAGGGUGCCAAGAAGCUGGGACGAAGGAACGUGGGUGUAAAUAGACAGUGAACGCUCUUGGUCUCUCUCCCUCUCUCUCUCUUCUCUCUCUCCCUCCCCCUUCUUCUUCCCUCUCUUUCUCUCUCUCUUUUAUGAAAUCAAUGAACGAGUUAUUGGUUAGGACAUAAAUAUAAGGAAUCAAAGCCUCCACCGGGACCAACGGCACUGCGCGCUUUUGAUAUGCGUCUUCGCCAAAUGCUUCAUGUGUUUUCAAAUCAUUGUAAAUACUGGCUUUGAUAGGACGAGAGCGGAACCAUCUCUGGUACGGCUUGGUCUCGGAACCAAAUUUUGACCAAGACUUCCACCAGCUUUUUUCCAACGUAAAACGAGACUCCACCAUUACCAUCUGCUGCUGUUGUACCCAUCCCAACUCACUGGCCGGUCCGAAGAUGGCAACUUUAACCAACGGGCAGGUGGACGGCACGGUGCACGGUGUUGGUGUGGUCUCCGCCAGCACGAACGGGCUCGUGAACGGAUUAAAUCACAGCCACAGCCCGGCGGGAUGCCCGGCCACCAUCCCCAUGAAGGACCACGAUGCCAUCAAACUCUUCAUCGGUCAGAUCCCCCGCAACCUGGAUGAGAAGGACCUCCGGCCCCUCUUCGAGGAGUUCGGCAAAAUCUACGAGCUCACUGUGCUCAAAGACCGCUUCACGGGCAUGCACAAAGGCUGUGCCUUCCUCACCUACUGUGCCAGAGAGUCAGCCCUGAAAGCCCAGAAUGCAUUGCACGAGCAGAAGACCCUGCCAGGAAUGAACAGACCGAUCCAGGUGAAGCCAGCAGACAGUGAGAGUCGAGGAGAAGACAGAAAGCUUUUUGUGGGCAUGCUCAACAAGCAACAGUCAGAAGAUGAUGUGCGGCGCCUUUUCGAGUCCUUCGGCAGCAUCGAGGAAUGCACCAUCCUCAGAGGUCCCGACGGAAACAGCAAAGGCUGUGCGUUUGUAAAAUACUCCUCUCAUGCUGAAGCUCAGGCAGCCAUCAGUGCACUACACGGGAGCCAGACAAUGCCUGGUGCCUCAUCCAGUCUGGUGGUAAAGUUCGCCGACACGGAUAAGGAGCGCACCAUACGCCGCAUGCAGCAGAUGGCUGGUCAGAUGGGCAUCUUCAACCCUAUGGCCCUGCAGUUUGGAGCCUAUGGAGCCUACGCUCAGGUGCAGCAGCAAGCAGCACUGAUGGCAUCUGUAGGCCAAGGAGGCUACCUCAGUCCAAUGGCAGCCUUUGCUGCUGCCCAGAUGCAGCACAUGGCCACCAUCAAUGGCCUCCCCGGAGCACCGCUGACUCCCACGUCAGGUGGCAGUACUCCACCAGGCAUCAGCGCCCCCACAGUGACCAGCAUCCCAUCUCCAAUUAGUGUAAAUGGUUUUACUGGCAUGCCGCCCCCGCAGGCAAAUGGACAGCCCCCCGCAGAAGCAGUUUUUACCAACGGGAUACACCAUUAUCCUGUGUUGCAGGAGGUGGUUUUUAGAGAGGACUCAGAGAAAAACGGCUUGGGCGUGGCUCCGCGGAGUUGUUUUGGGGUUCAGGGUGGCUGCUUCCUCUCAUCUCUCUCCGAAGCUCAAAGUCCCACUGCAGCUGAUCCUCUCCAGCAGGCUUACACAGGAGUCCAGCAGUAUGCAGCAGCCUACCCCGCUGCAUACGGCCAGAUCAGCCAAGCCUUCCCCCACCCUCCACCUAUCAUUCCACAGCAGCAGCGAGAAGGACCGGAAGGCUGCAACCUGUUCAUCUACCACCUCCCUCAGGAGUUUGGAGAUGGAGAGCUGAUGCAGAUGUUCCUGCCAUUCGGUAAUGUCAUCUCCUCCAAAGUGUUUGUGGAUCGGGCGACAAACCAAAGUAAAUGCUUUGGGUUUGUAAGUUUCGACAACCCAGGUAGUGCCCAAGCUGCCAUCCAGUCAAUGAAUGGCUUCCAGAUCGGCAUGAAAAGACUCAAGGUGCAACUGAAGAGGCCAAAGGAUGCCAACCGUCCCUACUAGCCCGCGCCCCAGCCAGCCACCGCCACCCUGGCGGCCGGGGCAGCUGUCGAACACAGGGAAAGACAGGUUUUGUUGAGCUGUUGAUUAUUUGCUACCCGCCACUGAGUGCAAACUCAACAUCUGGACCACUGAGGCUGCUUCAGAAAACAGAGGAGAGAGAGAGAGAGUGAUGACCGAGUCAAGGACACCUCCUUUUUGGAUGUACUAAAACUUUGGAACUCAGAGUGAAUUUGUACCAGCCUGGUUAGCCCCAGGACUUUUUUUCCCCUCUUCUGCACACAUAUACACACUUCUUUCCCCACAAAACCCUGCUUGAAUGACAGCUACCUUUUCUGGACCACAAAAACUUUUACUUGAACAAAGAAAGGAGAAGAAAAAAGUAAAAGAAACUACAUCAAACCUCCUUACAAUGACCAACCCCGCUGAACUCUUGAAAGGAAUAUGGAUGUCAAAAGUCCAACAAGAACAAAACUUUGAAAAAAAAUAUAAAAAUAACAAAAAAAAAAACCAACCACAAAAAAAACACACAAAAAACAUAAUAGCGGAUUGCCGUAGGAGAUCUUUCAUUAAGAUGGUGUGGAGCAAUUGAUUUUUGAAGACCAAUUUUUAAGAUUUGAAACAAGAAGGGACAAAUUCUCUGAGAGAGAACUUAAGUAGGAAUGUGAUAUUUUCAGGACACAGAUUGGCUUCGAUUUGGGAUGGCCAUCUUUAGCUCGGAGUGCCUGUCCGUUUCCAGGGGAUACCGUUGCCGAGGAGCGCCAUAGCAACAGUCUCCAGGGAGUCUUAUCCAUCAUUCCUUAGUUGUUUUAGGGACCAAAAGACCAAACAUUUUUAUUGCUGAGGACUUGUAGCUCUAAUAUACUCGGACCACUGCAUCUCUGUCAGCCAGCGUUAACUGGCUGGGGAGUUGCACUUAAAAGAAGUGUACAUUACGAAUAUAUACAACACAUGUAUAUAUACAUAUAUAUUGCUGAUAUGCUUUUUGAAUACAGGCAAAACUAUUUCAGAUGACCAAAUGGGGUCUCUCACUUCGCUAGUUUACAAUUACUCAAAAUGUUUAUUUUUUUCUCUUCUCAUUUUGUCUCGGGAGGGAUGGCGAGUGCAUGGGAGGGGCUGCUCCGUAUCACAGCCUUAUCUUUUUUAACUUGACAUCCUAACCUCAUAGAUAGAAUAACAUCAGAAAUGUUUGAAAUAUAUGAACUUGUUUAUAUUUGCAGUACAUAUAUAUGUAUAACAGGCAUUCAAGCAAAUGUAUUCAUAUAUACAGUAUAUAUGGAUAAAUAGAUAUUAAUCACAAAUAUAUGUAUUUAUAUGCACAUAUUUUAUAUAUGUGUGUCUGUAUAUAGAACGGCUACUGACUAUGUUGAGCUGUAAUUUUUUUGUAGAUUUUAGCUGGAGUUUGAAGCAUUGCUCUGCUUGGGAAGAAUCGCAAAUCUGGCAGCUCCCAAAACUGCAGGCAUUCCUUUCUCUGAUUACCUAUAUGCUGACACACAAUAUAUUGCUAAAAAGAUUCAUGUGUGAUGAAACACAUAUGGUGUACAUAUUAUCUGAAAAUGCAAAAAGCCAAUCUCAGUAGCAGGCUUUAAGAGAAUCAGGCUAGAUGAUUUUAGAGGAAAAGGACAAUUAUCUUCGACUCUAUUCCAAACAUAUCUUUUGAGCUUACACACACAUACACACACACAUGCGUGCACACAUGCAUACACACACAAACUUCUCUUUGAAACUUGAACCAAAAUGAAAAUGUCUCACAACCCUUGCUCUCUUUUGCAUUCAGUAAAGUGCAUGUAGCGUAUGGGCUGUCACCAUGUCAAGGUGUGCCUUGUCACCUGCAGAAUCUGCCAUCAAGCACUGUGCUCUCAGAAAACAAAGAAAAAAAACACUGAACACACACACACUACUGCAAGUAGCCAGCGCGCUAUUAUGAUGUCAAAACUACAGCCUGAUCCAUAUCAUUUUUUCAGCUGCGUAGAGAGCUUCAGUGCAUGUCAAAUAUAACAAAAAUUGUCCAAGCACUGUUGGUCCAUCAUUGUCUUUGGGGGGGGGAAGAAAGCAUUUAGGUCUAAUGUAGAUUCAUGCGAUACCACUUCAAACUUCAAACAAAAGCGGGCAUUAGGUAACCUGUUAGCACAGGCACUAACUUUCCAAGUUGUGUGCAAGGCACCUGAGACUAAGUUCCACUAGUUGGAAGGUAAUAAAGGGUAAAAAUCAGGGCUGGAAUUGGCACGAUGUGGCUUGAUAAGGGAUGCGACUGAGCUUACUGGACCGAGCAGGAGGAUUUUAAUGGCUGUGAAGGAGAUGUAAUAUUGAUGAAUAUGUUAUAGAGCUGGCUUCCCCUUGAACAGAAAAAAAAAAAAGGAUUUAUACUUGACAUGAAGCAUAUCCUUUGGAAAACUGUUAUAUUGCCUUACGUUAAGUCCUCAUGCAAUUAUAUAUAUAUAAAGAUAAAAACUCUAAUGAAACUGUAAAAUGAAGCAAUAAGUGUGAAAAGCCAUUUAGCCAUUACACCUGCUGUAUCACCGAGGCUGGUUUCAUAUUGCUUUAGCGUACAGUUUCUCAUAAUAGUCUACAAAAAUGGUAUAAACACCUACUAUAAACCUGAAAAAGGUCAACAGACUUGGAUUUAUUAGACCCUGCAUUCAACACAUAUUGAGCUGGUGGAGAUUACUCAAUGAAUAUUUAUAUAUAUGAAUAUUUAUAAGGCUAUAUGACACUUUGGAAGACAAUGCUUCCUGUUGGGUGCUGUUACUAGUUUUCCUAUAAACUGCUCAUUAUGCCAUUUCCCCAGUGUCUCAGUUUAACCUUUUUAGCAGUUUGAAUAAUUUAACAUUUACCUUCCAAAUCCAGUGAGUCUAAAAGACACCAGUGCACAUCCCAGAAUGCCUCUGUUUGUGCGUGUGCCACUUAACAAUCUCCUGAGCGUGGCAUACAGUUAAACCAGAUGACCAUCGAGAUCUUUUUUUUUUCUUCCACUAACUUUGGUGGAUUAGUACGAAACUUCUAGCUCGUCAACCGGACCUGUCUCUGUCUAACAAUAACAUCCGAGGCUAAAUAUCAUAUGUCUGGUGUCCCUGAUCGCUGCACUGUGUGCCCUUUUUUGACUGCCCCGCUGCUCUGAGAAAAUUAGAAAGAAAAAAAAACCUGCCAUCACAGUCUGUGCUUCUCGUAUGAUUUGUUUGAGCAAUCAGUCAUUUUUUCCAUGGCGAACGAAGUAAGCAGACGCAGAAAGAUGUGCGAGAACUCAAAUGCCAAGCGCCUCAUCUUCAUUUGCUCCAACUUUAAGCUGCAAGUUUACAUGAGAAAAGUGAAAAACAAAGUUUAGUGGUUCAAAAACAAGAAACAGAGCAGAAGUUUGAAUAUAAAUAUAUAUAUAUAAAUAUAUACAUAAACUGAUGAAUAUACUGUAAAUUGUUUCUUUUUUUGCUCUGUUUUCCUCUGUACAUAGGUUUGCAUAUUUUAUAGGACUUUUACUUCUAUCUACAAGGACUGGAUAAAGUAAUUUAAAUACUUAAAAAAAAUAUAUGAAUGAAAACAUGAUAAUGCUCAUUAAAACCAGGUACAAAAAAAAAAUAGUCGCUAGGAUACGGUACAAACUGUAGGACCUGACCAAGGCAUUUAUCCAGAAUACAGUCAGGGAGAGCAUUGACCUCAGUUAGAGCUUAGACACACAUUGACCUAUUUUAUAAAAAAAAAACAAAAAAGAAAUACUUUAAUGGGUUCUAUUCAUUUAUCUGUUUGUUUAGAUAUUUAUUUAUAAGUCAUGUCUGAGAUGAUAAGCAUGCUUUCAUGGCAUUAUUUUUUUAUGAGUUGGUACGUGACCAAAUAGUUUUUAUAUGACAUGCAUGGGCCACUGUUGUGGUCCACAGAUGAUCAUUGUUCCUGUCUGCAGGACCAUGCCUUCAGCACUUCUUUGAUGACGGAGAAAAACGCUCCUUUUGACCAAGUGAUGUCAAAGACAGAUUUGAAUUAUUUAUUUCGUUGUUUGUUUAUUUAUUUGUUUAUUUAUUUGUGCUGUUUGAGCCAAGAUCUGAGCUCUCAUUACUGACACUGAUCUGUUUGCUUGAAAGCGUUACCUUGAAUCGCGACACAUCUUCCCACUCAAGUAUUGGAAGUUUAACCACUACUAAGACUGCUUCUACAUUUUUCCUGUGGCUUGCAAACUACUCACAACAAUGCAGUACAACACUAAAGCCUUAUGUAUAUUUGUAAUUAUAAAUGCAUACUGUUCUGUUCAUUUAAAAAAAAAGAAAGGAAAAAGCUUUGCUAGAAGAUCGUUUCAAAAUAAGAUGCCACCGUUAAGCAAAGUGGGGGAAAUAGUAAUCCCUAGUUAAACACAUCUUAAAUCAACUGUUCAAUCAGAAGAGACGCCAUGAGGUCAGUAUAAGUUGCUGCUACGAUUUAAUGAACUAAUGUCUGGUUUAUUGUAAACAACUUUUGAAAACUGUAUUCCCUUCCUCCUAUUCUCCUCAUUGUGCUUCAUUUUGUUCAACAGAGCUCUGAUCUUGUUCAACUCACGUGUUCUACCGAGAACAAAAUUCAAUGAAAACUGCACUAUUUUAUCCAAAAGAAAUUUGAGUUCCUAUCAUGUUUUUUUUUUUUCGGUGCUGUUAUCAGUGAUUUUUAUUUCUAAAGCUCAGUAGUGUUGCUAGAAUCACAUUUUACUUCAUGUGGUUUUCAAAGUGUUCUGGAAAUCUAUUUCCCAAUUUCAGCACAUAUGGAGGGGGGUGAUGAAUGUUGCAUAUUAAGCUUUGCCAGGUUCCUGAUGAGCCAAGCUUCUGAUGGGCAGCGCGCUUUAGGCUCCCGCCCCCGUCUCUCCAGACUGCACCAUUCUCUGGUCCCCUGGACUCUUCUUUUGUAAUUCUAAAUGAAUGAUGCGUCUCAGCUUAGCCCAAUAAUAAA